AUACAUACAUCCUUCUACAGCAAGAAAUAUUCAAACUGAACUUCUUACUUAAGAUAAAAUGGCAAUUAGUCCAGUUGUGGAGGAAGAUAAAUAUCGUUCUUACUUCACCGGAGAAGAAGAAAAAAACACCAAAUGGAGAUUUGGCGGCGCUCCAAAUUAUGACGUUGUCAAUAAACUCUUCGAAGAAGGCCGAACUAAGAUAUGGCCUUCCGGUUCGCUAGAAGAGAAGGUGCAGAACCUGGUGAAGACAUGGGAAAUGGAACUGUUCCACAAAACUUCCUUUGAUGACUACAAAUCACUUGAUCCGAAGAAUUACACUUUUAGUCUAAAUGGGAAAAAACCUAUAACUGUGGCAGAAAAGAUGAAGCUUGGUGGAGGCUACAAUACCUUUCUGCAGACUUCUUUGCCGGUGAAGUUUCGAGCCUACGAUCCUGAUAAGGAAACUGUGGAUACGGCUCAUGUUGCUUUUACGACAGCUUUCCCGAGAGGAUUUGCUUUGGAAAUCCUGCAGGUUUAUUCAGGCCCUCCUGUUAUUGUUUACAAGUUCAGACACUGGGGUUUCAUGGAAGGACCUUUCAAGGGCUAUGCUCCCACAGGGGAAAUGGUCGAACUCUUUGGGAUGGCUAUUUUUCAGGUGGAUGAAAACAUGAAAAUUGUGAAGGUAGAGUUCUUUAUGAAUGGCGGGGAAUUGGUCGGAGGUCUGAUGAAGGGUGGUGGCUCAGAUGACGGUUCAACCGGUACAGAUUCGGCUUCAACCUGCCCUUUCUUGCAAGGCACAGGGUAGCAUAAAUUACAAACUUAUCUUGUUCAAGAAACCCCCUUGUUUUCACACAGUUAUGAGACAAUAUGUGAAACAAUAAUAAUGCUUGUUUCUAUGAAAUAAAAGUCUAAUAUGUAUCACCUUAUGUAUUUCUUAAUUUUACAAAACAAAUCAAUCCUUACUUUGAUA